UUUACCAAUACCAGCCUAUUCAUUUUUGACGUUUAACUACCGUUGCUGAAAUUAAAAGGUCUAACAUGAACCGUUAAUUCAUGAUUAAGAAACUCCUAUGGUCCAGGCAGCCAGAGAAACAUACCAUGGCGGUAGUACCAUGGAGGAAGGAACAUUCCUUCCUCCAUGGUAGUACAAAGCUGUUUUUGCACGAGAGCACGAGGAGGCACAGUGGUAAAAUGUACGUGCAGCACAAAUUAAUUUACAUAACAAAUGAAGAUUGACGUCAUAUGAUAAACAAGUGUACAUUCGCCUGGCAACUCUUAUCGGGUGAGCAAUGGCCGCCAUCUUCUGCGAAGUGAGUGGGAAAAUGCAACUUAACACGACAACUUAACAUCAUAUUGCUGAUUAUGAUGAUUUCCAAGCUUACAGUUCAGUUCACGAAAUUUGUUUACAGUGUCGAUUAGGCUAGUAUUACCCAGUGCAAUAUUGGUUAGUGCGCCUGGAAAUCAAGAUGGCUACCAUGCAGAAAGCAAGACAUAAAAAGACAAAAGUCAGUCCAGCAGAUGAACCAGAAGACAGACCUGCCUCCUCAUUAUCUCAUAAUUCUUGGGUUGAGGAUUUUGAUGUGGAGAAUCCUACAGACAAGGAAAAGUAUGGGGUUGAUAACACUGCUUAUCAAGUGACAGAAGUAGAGAAACUGCCUCAGGGAACUCUGACAUCUGAUUUGAAAGGUCAUGGGGGUAGUACAGUGUCAGUCAAAGAAGCAGAAGAUGGUGAUCGGAUAGACUUCACAGAUGAGGAGUUAGACUUCCAGGAGGAAGUUGUGAAUACUGGAGAUGAGCCCCAGGACAGACCACUUAGUGAAGGUUCUUACGCAAGGUCUACAAGUCCCUAUGGUGGAGACAGCUAUACUGGAUCAGUCGAUGGAGACGGGGUGAGAAAGAAAAAGAGAAGGCAAAGAAAGGAACGAGCAAAUGUUGUGACACCAGUCAAUGAUGAUGCAGAUAUGUCAGUGUCAGUGAGUGAUGAAAUACCUUCAGAACUUAAGAAAAGGCCAAGUGAAGCAUGGAGCAUGUCCAGUAUUCAUAACAUCAGUGAGAUACCCAUGGAUGCUCCAUCAGAGCGCCCCAAGUCAAGUGGCAUUACCCGAGCCAAAUCCCCUCAGACACGAAACCGAUCCCCUGGGGCGGGGACUCACUCUGCUAGUGCCUCUCGUGCUCAGUCUGUCAUCAGUUUGCGAGAAGUUGAUGAGAACCAGAGAGUUGAUGGGCUAAACGAUGCUGGGCAGUCUGGAAACAAUACCAGGGCUAAUGAAGAUAAUCGUAGUCUUGUUUCAGCGAUAACCAGCCCUCUUUUGAAGCCUCCACAGUUAGAGCAUGAGCAGCAAGCUUACGUUCCCUACGUGUAUGCCCGAGACUGCCUUGCUAAGGUCAUGGAUGAUAUGAAGAGGAUGAAGCUUAAUCAUCUCCGCAUCGUUGGUCAAAUUGAAGACACUUACAAGACGAUUGAAGAUGAGACUCAAACCCAGUUUAAUAUGUUUGUGGGUGGCCUUCGUGUCCAGUACAAAGACAAAGUCAAGACCUUCCGGCAAGUGAUUGAAAUCCACCGUGAAGAUUUUGGAAGUCAUAAAAAUUACUGGGAAGAGACAUUAAAGAGUCUGAAUGCUAAAAACAAAGCUCUGAUGAAAGAAAAGAAGAAACUGCUCAUCAUCAACAAGAUUGAAAUUGACAGAUUGGAAAAAGAAAAGGAAGAGCUUAUUCAAGAGCUUACACAGAAAAUGGAUCAAAACCAGUCAGCAUUUGUCUCCAGAGAGAAAGGUUUUGAGGAUGAGAAAAAGAUCCUUGAAGAUAAGUUACAGUCAGAGCUAAAUGCAGAGAAGAAAUUGCAUCAAGAAGAAGUGGAGAGACUUCGGUUGGAACUGGAGGAGGCAAGAACAACUGCUGUAGCUUUGCCAAUCAUCACCGAUUCCAGCGUCAAGGAAGUCACAGCUGAUGGAGAAACACAACGAGCAUCAUCAGCAAGGAGGACAUCUCAGACCAGUCUUCGAUCUGAAGGAAGAAGGGGAUCAGUAGGUGAGUCUGUGGGAGGAGUCUUAGGUGUGGCAGCAACGGCAGCCAUUGUGAGCAACAAGAUGUCAGACGCAGAAAGGCGACGAUUAGAAGAUCAAAAAGUGGAGAUGCAGAAACAGAUGAUACAAUCCCAGAAGGAUCUUGUGAUGCUUCAAGCAAAGUACGAUUUCCUCCAGGCUCAAUAUGCAACAUUAGCAACAUUGGCUAAGAAUGAUAAUGAUGGAAUGAUCUCAGAGCAUAUGGAAGCGACUCAAAAAGACAAGGAAAUCAUGGAUGAGGAAAGCCAACAAUUGAAGGAGGAGAUAAGGCAGUGGGAGGUAGACUUCAAGAAACAGACAGGACGCGAACCUACUAAAGAUGAUAGAUCAGAGACUGUGCAGGAGUUAGAGACUCAACUCUCAGAAGCAGAGACAAAGAAGGCUGAGUUGGAUUCCAAAAUGAUGACAUUGGUGGCACUCAAGGAGGGCAAGAUACCUGAGACACAUCCAGCAAGCAUACCAGAGCCAGUCAUUAAAACAGUAGAGAUUGCAGUUCCAGAUCCAUCAACUGUAGUAGCUCUCACAGCCUCACAGGAACAGGUCAACAAACUUCAGACUCAGUUAAAGGAAAUGGAGAUCAGUUUAAGAGAGAAGGACAAAAAGAUGAAGAUGUUGGAGAAGGACAAGAGAAAUGUGAAGAAGGAGAAGAAAGUUGUUGGACAAUCAGGAGAGGAUGAAAAACAACUCAAGAUGAUUCUUGGAGCAGUCGUUGCUCAGUCUGCCAUUCAGAAGUCAUCUGAUGAUGAUGUUGCUGCCAAGUUAGAGAGGGCAAAAGCUGAAAAGGAAGACUUGAUAGCAGAGAGGGACAAGGUGAAGCAGGACUUGGAGUUAUGGGUAGACAAGUACAAACAGGAACAUGGUAGCUACCCUGAAGAGACAGACAGGGAUGAAGAAGCAAAGGCCUUAUAUGCAUCUUUGGAAAAUUGCAACACUAACUGUCUAUCCAACGAAACAGAUGUUACUGCAUUGUCCAUAUUGGUGACAGGGCAGAUACCUGCAGACCUUCAACCUAUGAAAGAGGCUCAAGUGUCUCUGAAUGCAACAGGUCCUGCAAGCUCACAAAAACUUCAAGAUCUUGAAGAUCGCAUUCAAGAACUUGAGGAAGAAAAUGAGCAGCUGACAGAGAGAAAUUCUGAUCAAGAAGAGACCAUCAGAGAACUGGAGCUGACAAAAGAACAACUUGAAGAAAGACUAGCUGAGUUGGAGUCAGGGGGAGGGGCAGCAGCUGCUGCAACAGCCGCUGCUUUGGCAAAUCUUGACUUUGACGAUGAUGAUGUUGAGGGUUUUGGCGCUCAACUGGCUGCACUUCAGGGUCAAGUUGAUAGUAUGGAACGCAAAAUCCGAGAUGAGAGAUCCGCUCACGAUGACACCAAGGAAGAACUGGAGAUGAUGAAGGUGGAGUUAGAGAACGUAAAAGCAGAGAAGAGGAGCUUGGUGGAAGAGCUGGAUGGGAAAAUUACCUCGGCAACUGCUGCUUUGGCAGCUGAGAUGAAACUUAAAGAAAAGUCUCUGGAAGAAACCAAACAACGUCUUGAUGAGUUGGAAGCAGAGAAACUUCAGAACCUCCCAGUUGAUACAGCCAAGGAGAUUGCAUUACUACAAGGCCUAGUGAAAAAAGCAGAGAAGGAAAAAGAAGAUGCUCAGAAGGCAAACAUCGGAGGAACAGCUGAUCUGGAUAAACUAAAGAUUGAGUUGAAGACCUUGAAUGAAUCUCUGGCAAAAGAGAGGGAGGCUAAUCGAGCUCAUCAGGAUAACUUGAAGAAAAAGACGGCAGAGAAAGACAAGCAGGCUAAGGAGAUGGUAUUAGCGACAGAGAAGAAAUACCUACAGAGAGAAUCAGAGCAUAAAAAACAGAUCCAGGCUCUAGAGAAGAAAAACAAAGAGAUAGCAGCAGCUGGGGGUGCAGGCAGAGGGGUAGGAGGUGCGAAGGGAGGUGCAGAUGCUAAAUCAGAGAGGAAGAUAAAGUUACUGACCGAUCAAGCUACUACACUGAAGAAAACGGUUCAGGAGAAUCAAGACAAGAUACGACAACUAGAGAAGGAUCUCAAGGAGGCAAAAUCUGGAGGGACAGCUGAUAAACAAGCGGGAAAGAAGAUGGAAAAACAACUGAAGGAUCUCGAGAAGAAACUGGAGAUGGAACAGAAGAAAUUUGAACGAGAGAAAAAGAAUGCUACUGAGCUAGAUGCAGAGUUGAAGACAACCUCCAAGGAACUAGAUGGGGCUAAGGAGGAGAUCAAGAAAUUAACCAACCAGAUUGAUGCAUUGGGAGUGGCUGCAGCAGAGGCCUUAGAACUGAAAGAGAAAGUAACCGAACAAACAGCAGAGUUGAAGAAACUACAGAGUGAGCUGAAAACAUUGACAGAAAACUACAACAGUGAAAGGGUUUUGAGGAAGAAGUAUUACAAUAUGGUUGAAGACAUGAAAGGGAAGAUUCGAGUCUACUGCCGUUGCAGACCUCUCAGUAAUACAGAGAAAGGCAGAGGUAACUUCUCCAUUGUCAAGGCACCUGAUGAAUAUUCCAUUGAGGUUCAGAGCACCCGAGGAUUGAAAGAGUUCCAGUACGAUCAUGUCUUCAUGCCAGAGACCACUCAAGCUGAGGUCUUUGAAGAUACCAAUAAUCUGAUUCAGUCUGCAGUGGAUGGCUACAAUGUCUGUAUUUUUGCCUAUGGCCAGACUGGUUCUGGUAAGACGUUUACGAUGAUUGGUGAUAGAGAAGGUAACUUCCCAGGGAUUGCACCCCGUGCCUUUGAUAAGAUCUUUGAGGUCAUUGAGGAAAACAAAUCCAAAUUUUCUUUCCGUGUGGAGACCUACAUGUUGGAAUUGUACAAUGACAAACUCAUCGACUUAUAUUCCAAAACUCAUGGAGAGGGUGUCAAACUGGACAUCAAGAAGGACAAGAAGGGGCUGGUCUUUGUGCAUGGUUCAGUAGUUCAUGAAGCUUCAAAUGCCAAAGAACUGUAUGGACUGUUUGAACAAGGCUCAUCAAACAGACAUGUUGCAUCAACCAAGAUGAAUGCAGAGAGCUCCCGGUCUCAUUUGAUCAUCGGUGUAGUCAUCGAGAGUACUAACCUCACCACAGGAACCGUUACCAAGGGCAAACUUAGUCUGGUAGAUUUGGCUGGAAGUGAACGAGCUGCAAAAACAGAUGCCUCAGCUCAACAACUCAAGGAAGCAAACUCCAUCAACAAGUCUUUGAGUGCAUUGGGUGAUGUCAUCUCAGCAUUAUCUAGUGAGCAAUCAUUCAUUCCAUAUCGUAACAACAAACUCACCAUGCUGAUGCAAGAUUCCCUUGGAGGUAAUGCCAAGACACUCAUGUUUGUGAACAUCUCACCAGCUGAUUAUAAUGCAGAGGAGACAGUCAUCUCAUUGACGUAUGCGUCAAGAGUCAAGUUGAUCACUAACGAUGCUUCUAAGAAUGCUGAUAACAAGGAAAUUGCCAGACUCAAAGAGAUCAUUGCUAAGAUGAAGCAGGGUGAGACAGUGGAAGUGGAGGAAGAUGGUGAUGAGUAGUCAAUGCAAGUUGGUCUUGGAAUGAAUGGAUGAGUUGAACAUAACCCUCCCCCAAAGCCUCAGCAAUUUAACUUUGGAGAUGGUUAAAUUUGUAGGAUUGUAAAGAAUUAAUUUUUGGGAUAUACAUGAGUAGGAGUGUAAAUGAACACCUGCUCUUGAGAGGUUUAUUGAGAGAUUAAUGCAUCUUGCAUUUUUUAGAAUUUGUUUGAUUGUGUCAAAUGAAUUGAGAGCUGUUAUCAUAUAACCUCCAAAAUGAAUAUACCGGUAGCCUCUCUUUGUUGAAUUGAAUGUUUGACAAAAUCCUCCUAAUGUUUGUAAAUGUGCAUAUUCAUGUUGGAUUUUACCUUUUCAUCAAAAGCCAAACAGGUCAGUGCAACACUUUUGAAGAUUGUAACAAGUAUGAUGUGCUAUUUUGCAAAACGAGUUUAAUUGAAAUUAUGUCUAAAUUUACAGUGUUGAUUUCUCUGAAUUUUGUGUUAAUGAAAAUGGCAAAGUAUAUGAAUUUCGUACUUUUUAGGAGGCAUUUGCAAUGAACACCACCAUUCAUAGCUUCAUAGUCCAUACUUAACUAUUUCUAUAGAACAAAUUUCUUAUGUAGUAUUGAAUAUAUAUUUUAAAAAAAUUAGUGAAAAGCUGUAAAAUAGUUCAAGUACAAUAUUUUGUACAAUAAAAGAUGUGAAAUAUUACAGGAUUUUAUAUAACCUUUCUCAGAGAGGAAAACGUGCUUGCACAAGAUGUAGAAAGAUUUUUUUCUCUGAACAAAACUUGCACUUCUUUUCUCACACAUCUUCCAUUUUUCAAAUGAAAGUGUAGAAGUGUACAUUAUGAUUUCAUAUUUAUCAUUUCCAUUAUUUUGUCAUUAUUUGUACUUGAGGAUUUUUGUGACACAGCUGAAUGCAUGCUGUGUGAAGUACCAAUAGCUUGUUUUUUUUAAUUAAUGCAUUCACGUCUAUAAAAUGUACAAUGUAAAUUUAUUUCAUUGGGUUCUACAUAGAUUUUUAUUUCACGUGAUUGCAUGCAGUAGUUUUAUAUUUUCGUAUUUCUAAAAAAAAUUAUCAAGAUUGAAAAGCAGAAGCUCAUUCAUAUAAUGUAAUGUUUCAUCCGUCCACUUUAUUUUACGUAUAAUUUUUUUUUAGUUCAAUGAUACAAUAUACGUGAUUUUUUUUUCGAUUCAGGUAUGUGAAAAGGUUUGACUAGCCGACCAACGUGAUUUGUCAAAUAUCAUAAAUGAAGGUUGAGCAUGAAAAAGCAUGAAAUAACCUGCUCUGAAGGCAAUAUCUUUCAUGUUUAUUGUUUGUUACCAGCCGUCCAACUUGAUUUGUUCAUCUGUGGUAAAAGCAAUAAAAUUUCUGAAUGCAGCAGCAGA